AUGUGCAAAAAAAAAAACCUCCGCUUUACUCUCUACUCACACUCACACUCACAAAACUCUGUCUUUCUCCCUCCUACUCCGUCACCUUCAGUCGUCAACGAUCACAACCUCUCCCCACUUCUUUCCAUCGUUCGAUCUUUUCUUUUCUUUUUAUUGCUCACUCUCCCUCGGUUCCUCUCUCCCCUUCUCUCUGUCUCUUUCCCUCUCUCUCCUUAUCUCUGUCCUUCUAUGUCCUUCUCUCAAAUUCUUUUACCUCUUUUUCUUUCUAUCCCUCUCUCCCCUUCUCUCUAUCUCUGCCUUUCUCUCUCCCCUUUUCUUUACCUCUCCCCUCUGCCCCUCCCUUUCCUUCUCUCUAUCUCUAUCCCUUUCUCCCCUUCUCUCUAUCUCUGCCUUUCUCUCUCCCCUUUUCUUUGCCCCUCCCCUGCCCCUCCCUUUCCUUCUCUCUAUCUCUGUUCUCAUUCUUUCUUUCCGCCCCUCUCUCCCUUUUCUCUCUCACUUUCCUAUUUACUUUAUCCUGUCUUGCUUUUUUCCUGCUCUCUCUUGUUUUCUACUUGCACUCUUAAAAUUCUUAUGUUUCUCUCUCUCUUUCUAUCUCUCUCUCUCUUUUUCUCUCUUUCUCUCUCUUUCUCUCUUUCUGCUACUUCUUUUCAGUUUGAGUUCUCUUUGGGAAUAGACACAAGGAUUUUUGCAUUUUUCUUUUCCUUUCUUUUUUUGCUUACUUUUCUAUAUUUUGAAAUAUUUUCCUAA